CAAGGGGGACGUUGGUUUGUUCUCUCUGAGGGGGACAUAUUCGUGAGGGGUUUCCUUUAAUGUGUGCAGACAACGUAUCUGCGUGAGGCGGAGGCGGCGGAGGCCCGCGCCCCUCCCCCUCGCCCAGCGCCGCCCACCGGCCUCUUCUCUCCCGCUGCCACAUCGUCCGGCGGCGGCGGCGCCGUCUCCUCCUCCCUCACGCGGGCGGCCGCCUCCGCGCGGAGGCUCCCCCACCGCCGCCGCGGCUGGAGCCCAGAGCGGGGCGGUGCUUCCACGAAGAAGGCGACCGGGUGGUGCGGCCUUGAAGAGAGCCGGCGGGAAAUGGAGCCCUGCUGCCGCUCCCUGGGACGCCUGCUCCGCCAAGGCCGCAGCUGCCGAGCCCGCCCGUUCCCCGUUUAAAAGCUCUCCCGCCCGCCUCGCAAGCCUCGCUUCUCCUCGGCGGUGGCGGCGCCGGAGAUGAGCGAGCGGCCGCCGCCGCCUCCUCCUGCGCCUGCGAAGCCGGGAAGAAGGCGAAGCAGCCGGCCGCUCUGGUCGCCGUAGACGCCGCCGCCGAAGCAGCCGCCGCCGCCGCCCGGGCGAUGUGGAGCUUGGGCGCGACGGCGCUGCAGCUGCUCUCGCGGGCGGCCAAGCACGCCUUCGCCCAGGGAGCCCGGCAGGACCUGAACCGCUGGCUGCCCCGGCAGGGGGCGGCGACGGCGGCGGAGCCGGGCGAGGCGCCGGGCCGCGGAGGAGCCUCCGAGGGGCUGUUUUGGGGAGAGCAGAACGGGCUGCACCAUUACCCGUCGCCGUCGCCUCCGCACCACCACCCUUCCGUGGAGCCGUCGGUGGAGAUCCUGCUGUGCCAGCUGCCCGAAGUGGGUCCCGGCUUGUCCGAGGGCAGGACGUGGCGCUGCUCGGGCUGCCUGCUGGGCACCUGCUGGUGCAAGAGCUGCCUGAGCGCGUGCUUCUUGGCGGCGCUGUGCUUCGCCUCGCUCGCCCUGGUGCGCCAGUACCUGCGGGACCUGAUGCUGUGGGCCGAGAGCCUGGACAGCCUGGCCGGCGUGCUGCUCUUCACCGUGGGCUUCAUCGUGGUGUCCUUCCCGUGCGGCUGGGGCUACAUCCUGCUCAACGUGGCCGCCGGCUACCUCUACGGCUUCGUGCUGGGCAUGGGCCUCAUGGUGCUGGGGGUCCUCAUCGGCACCUUCAUCUCCCAUGUGGUCUGCAGGAAGCUGCUGGCGGAAUGGGUGCUGGCCAGGAUCCAGGGCAGCGAGAAGCUCGCCGCUGUCAUUCGCGUGGUGGAGGGAGGAAGUGGCCUCAAGGUGGUGGCUCUGGCCAGGCUCACCCCGAUACCCUUCGGGCUCCAAAACGCCGUCUUCUCGAUAACGGAUCUUUCAUUACCAAACUAUCUGAUGGCUUCUUCCAUUGGAUUGCUUCCAACUCAACUCUUAAACUCCUAUCUGGGCACCACCUUGCGCACUAUGGAGGAUGUCAUCGCAGAACAAAGUGUUAGUGGCUACUUCAUUUUUAGUUUACAGAUUGUAAUAAGUAUAGGCCUCAUGUUUUAUGUUGUCCACCGGGCUCAAGUGGAAUUGAAUGCAGCCAUAGUCGCAUGUGAAAUGGAAAUGAAGACAUCACUUGUUAAAAGCAGUCUACCAAGCAACAGCAACUCCUCCUUUUGCAGCAAGAGGACGCUUGCAUUUUCUGGAGGAGGAAUCAACAUUGUAUGAGUCCCUCCCCCCUCCUUCUGAAGUAUUAUAUUAACUUUCUUUGUGAAUCUGGACAACCUAACAUAUUGCCUAGACAUCUCUAAAAGACUUAAAUCCUGAACAGUGGAGGAUCUCAAACAACCUUGGUGGUUUUUAGAUUGCAAAAUGGGCGGCUUUUUGUAAGGUGGCUUAAGUGACUGUAAAUAUAGAUGUAAGUCUGGCUGCACCUUUCGUCAUUAUUAUACGUGUCAUGGCCUGUAGUCUGCACUUUAGGUUUGUUUUGUGUUUCUUUUUUCAAACGGAGAAAAAAUACCCUUGAAGCAAAUAUUUUUUUCCUUUCUGCUUAGCGUUAUUUAUAAGGCUGACUAAUAAUCUACAGUAGAUCUUCAAUGCUGGCGAAUGAGUGUAAAGUAUGCAACUCCAUGUACAGUACUCUUGAAUGUGCUUAGCUUUCAAAGUAUUUCCAGAAAGCAGUAUGUUCUUCUCUCACGAGCAAGAGGGCAAUCCAGCAAAGGGAAGGUUCUGCUUCUUAGGGCUGGGAAGGCAAAACUCUAGUACUUUCUGAAAAGGACAGCUCUCUCCCUCCCAGUAUCCAGUCAUUUCCUGUCUGCGACAGGUCACAGGGUUUCUCCACAGUUCUUUUGGGGACCUGCUAAAAAAGGAAAGUGCGGGAGCAUUUUUGCUAUUUGGGGACUAUUUGGCUCCCUUACCUUGCUUUUUUUUUUAAUUUCUUGUGGGGCCAGGGGGAGAACACAGUAUAUAAAUAUUUGGUUGAAUGUAUUUUUGUAAGCCACUGAAAUAUUGUGGAGCCAUUCAUAAUUUUUCACGUAAGUUUAAAUCCUACAUUGUGGGACUGAAGUGCUCUUAUAUAACGUUUUGAGUUACACUGUGUAAUAUGCAAAGUAAAAGAGAAACUACAAAGAACUUAAUAUGAUUGUGGCCAAUAGCAGUCUGAGGGAGAACUUGCAGGUGAAAUACAAGUCUUUGACCUGGUUUUGUCAUCCUCGUUAGUGACGAAAAGGGCUCUUCCAUUACAAGCGCAUUUCUAGCUAGCUAGAGUUUGGGGGGGGGGUGUAAAUCGGCUUCGCUUUGUACUGAGCACCAUAAGACUUGCAAAGCAGGAGCAACUAAAUCUCUCUGAAAAUACUAUGGUACUAAACAAAUAACGUGGCCUUUAUUUUAUGGGGAAGACCUUUUGGUUUUUCUUUAAUAAAAGCUUUAAAAAUCAACACAGUUCCUCCCUAAUACUUUCCUCCGGUCAUCAAACGAUGCUCCUCUGGUAUGUUUUGUGCAGUUCAUUGGUACUUGUACCAGUGAAAUGCUGUGAAGAUUGCAUGUGCCCCUUCUUCUUCUUUGCAUGUGUGAAACAUUUGCAAAAAUUAGGAAAAACAGGUUUUCCAUCUUUAAAAAAAAAAAUGACUAGAAAAGGGCAGAAAUGUCUUUCAAGGCUCAGGAAUCCGUAAAUGUUUUUAAAAGAAUAUAUUUCAUAUGAUAUGAUGGACUCUCCACAGAAGGAUCGCCAAGUCUCUUCUUCGUGGGUUUGAACAGACUGAAAUAAUCUUGUGUGUGUCAGUUCCAUAAUUCUUUACAGAUACAUAUUUGCAUACUCUCAAAAAUGUUUCAUAGAAGUUGGAACCAGCACAAAACUACUUUGAACUCAAAUGACCUUAUUUUUUUUUGUCUUAAUUAGUUUCUUGUCAACAAUAAAGUACAAUUUGGGCUGUUACAAUUUUGUGUUAACUUAUUGCCCCUCCCUUUCUUUUUUGUAUGUGUGCCACCUGGAUGCAAUAAGUUUUGGGUUGUUGUUUUUUUGCCAGUUAUGUGUAAACUACCAUCUGUAGAAAACAAGGGCCACAGUCUAAAACCAUAUGUCCAUUAGCUUUUGUGUUUGGUUGUGGCAAAUUGCUUUCAGGGUUAUAGUUAGUCCGGAAUAGUUUGCUAUUGAGAAUAUACCAUACUUUUUUUUGGUACAGUAAUUGCACAGUUCCAAUAUGUCCCCAGUCACCUUGAAAUGGUGGUCAUACAUCUUAGCAACAUUUCCUUUCUUGAAUCCAUUGACAUUUCUGGAACUACUUGCAAGCAACUGUUUGGGGGGGGGAUUUAGCGUUAUUCUCCUACACCUGCAUUAGUUCGUCCCUUUUGAAAACUAACAGUUCGGUUACUAUUUAAGGGCACUGUUUGACAGUGAAAGAUUGCUGAUCCCUUUGUUACCAAGGGUUUUUAUUUGAAAAGUAACUCCAGUAAGCAAAGUAACCUGGAUGUCAUCCCACUUAAGACUUUACCAAUACAUGUAUUUUGUGGAGUCCUUUGAUGACAACAAUAAAGAAGACUUUGCAAAGCUGCAUUCUCAAGUGCUUUUAGUUCCAUUGUGUUUUGCAACCAAAUUAACUUCACUGUGUAAACAUUUUAAAACAAUAAUCUCCUUAAAGUUUCUGCUUUUGGCGUGAUAACUUGUGUACAAAUUAAUAGAAAAUAUGCAUAAAAGUGUUUUUUUUUCUUUUUGUAUCUUGCCAAUCAUUUUAUACAAUAAAUUCACUCUUUAUUCUGCUUGUGUAGAUGUGAGCUUUAAGUCUUCUACUGUAGCGUGUGGCUUGGCUCAUUUGAUAGAGCCACCUAUGUACUGAACUGUUACUUUGAAGCAGGCAGCCAUCACUGGUAGGAGGCCUCUUGUCUGUUCCUGCUCAAUGUCGGCAUUGGCUCCCUUUGUAUGUUAGUACAUGGAGGAUCUUAUAUAGACUUAGAACACAGGAAGGUCUUUCUAGUCAAGCAUCCUGUUCUUUUGUGGCCAACCGUAUGCCUAUCAGAAGUCCAUAAGCAGGGCUGCUUAAAAUAGAGGCGAAAACUUGGCAUGAAUACCACUAUUUUAACUUAGCCUUCUCAUCAAAAUGAUUGUUUUUUGUGUUUUUUUUUUCAGAUGACCCAUUCUUUACUUCUGUUUCUUUAUUUUACUUCAAUGUUACUCUUGUGUUUUUUGCAUCCUGCUCUGUUUUAAUGGCCGCAUCAAAAUUUUGCGUGUUAUCCAAAUACUUUCCAUGCACGUUAAGAAAAAAAUUGUGUGAUGUCUGGAAUUUCUGGAAUGUUAUAAACCUUUUUGCAUCAA